UGAGGUAAACAAUCAACAGCUUGGUAGUGAUCGAGUUGUAACAACUAGCCUCGUUCUAGUAGUUGAUUGAAAAAAAAAAAAAAAAAUCGUCUGCAAGCAAUCCAGGGAUAUUGGUGGUUUUACGGACUGCGGCUGUGCACAAAAGGAAAUUGCGAACGGAAAACCAAAGGGAAGCCACCCAUAGACCACUCAAGAAAUAUGGCGUCGCAUCGGGUAUCGCGGCUUAUUAAAGCCGGGGCAGCAGCCCUUCUGAGUUCCGCACCUGUGAUGUCGUUUACAGUGUAUGCUGUUAGUGCUGUGGACAAUGAAGAGAGGAAAGUCCGAGUGUCUGAGCUUUCACUGUAUGAAAAUCCAGAGGAAGGAGCAUCUUAUAGUCAUACAGAAGAAGACAUAAAUUUUGUCAGAAGAUGGGUGUCCACAGUCCGGAAGACUGUAUGGGAUUUCAAAGACUCUUGCCAGGACACCAUUGACAGAAUCAGGAAUGUAUAUGAAACUGGAAAUGCUCACACUCAAGAGAUGCUAAACCAUAUUCAGAAUGACCCUGGUGUUCUACCACGAGCUGGUGUCAUAGCUGUGGCAGGGCUUGGUGGUGUUAUUGCUGGAUACCGUGGUGGGAUGUUUCGCAAAGUAUUGUACAGUACAGCCAGCAUAACAGCAGCAUCAGCAAUAUGCUACCCUGAGGAGGCCAUAGCUCUUGCAAUAGAAGCAUACAAAUCUGUCCAGACUUCUGUAAAGCCUCUUUGGUCCUCAGAAGGGUCAGCUACAGAAGAGGCAUCAACACGGCCUUCAGUUCUAAGCUCAGCUCCAGAUGCCACACCCUAUGGGGAAAAGACACAAUCAGGUACUGCACUCAAAGGUGAUCCUGGACAGUCUAAAGAAGAAGAUAAAGACAUGUACACAACUAGAAGCAGCUAACUCUUUAGUUUGCCAAGAAAGAAAAUCUAAAAUUUGUACUGUCAUAUAGCUUAUAUGUUAAUGUUUAAUCUUAUGCAAAACAUGAUAAGGUCCAAGUUUUAGCCAGAUUCUUCACAAAUGAUAAAAUUGAAAUAUUUCCGAAACACCAGCUCACAUAAUAUGUAGGAUGUGAAUUUUGACAUAAGGCUGCAUUUUGCUCUCAAUACAAAGCAAUAAUGAAAUGACUUGGUCGUAAGGGAUGUGUAAAUUGCUCUUUCAUCUGAAACAUUGUUAGGGCAAGUAAUAAAACUUAAUACAGAUCAAGAACUGCAAAACUGGAUUAGUUAAAAUUGAUCUAGACAACUUGUGAGACAGUAAAACAUUUCUCAAAAUUAUACCUAAUGUAUGCAAUUGAUUUGCAGCUGCAUCAUUCAAGUGUUUUACAGUGUCUGUUCAUAUGCCUUGUUUGCAAGGACUUGUGUAAGAUUAUGUUUUUGUAGAUGCAAAAAAAAAAAAAAAAUGUGCACGCAUUAUCAAAUAAAAUCAAAGAAGUGAAA